AUGUCAGAUGAAACUGACUAUAAUGACUUGCUACGCAAGAUAUCAAACAGCCUCGAAAACGCCCUAGAGACGUUCGGCCCGUCCUCAAGACAGUACCGGGCCAUCCUCCAAAUCCUGAAAGAAUGCCUGCAGGAUAUCGAAAACAAGCAAAAAACACAAAUUCAGAAAAAAGUGGUUGAUGCCGAUAUGCUGAGUGCCGCCAUGAGCUUUUUGGAAAUCGGAGGAUAG